AUGAUAAUUCCAAAGUCACAAGGCAAGCUGAUAUACCGUGAUGCACGAAAAGCCAUGUGGGGUGACUUGUUUCCGCAUCAACCAAAGAAACCAGCCGAACGUAGAGUUACUAGUAAUGAAGCUA